GGCGCCCAGUGGGUGGGGUCCCGGCGGGGGCGGGACCGACCUGGGCUACCGGCCGUGCAAGUCGCGCCCUGCAGAGCGAAAGUAGUUGGUGGCGGCCGCCGCGCGUGGCUCCAGUGCUGCCUGCCCGCGACCUCACGGCCAUGGCGGGACCCCAGGAGUUUCUGAGCGGGAAGCUCCGGCUCUGCUUCACCCCCGCCGCCCGGACCAGCCUCCUGCUGCUCAGGCUCAACGACGGGGCGCUGCGGGCGCUGCACGAGUGUCAGCGGCAACAGGUGCGGCGGGCCGGGCCCAUCUUCCCCAGACCCGAACCCUCGACUCGGGCCCCAGCCGGAGACCCUGGCGGAGGGACCGGGGGUAGGGAGCGGCACUCACCGGCGCCGGCCUCCCCGACCUCCCAGCUCCUCCAAGUGAAGCCCGGAGCACGGUCCCUCCCGGCACCGGAGCUGGGGACUCGGCUGCACCUGCGCUCAGCUGCCUCUGUGCUCUCCCCGCAGGUGCGGCCGGUGAUCGCUUUCCAAGGCAGCCGAGGGUAUCUGAGGCUCCCAGGCCCUGGCUGCUCCUGCCUCUUCUCCUUCACAGUGUCCCAGUGUGGCCAGGAGGGCCCUGGCGGUGGCCUGGACCUUGUGUACCAACGCUUAGGCAGACCCGGGCCUAACCGCCUGCACUGCCUGGGGCCACUCAGGGAGCGCCUCAGUAUUUGGGCAGCCAUGGAUUCUCUCCCAGCCGCAUCUUCAGGCCAGGGACACAACCUGACCGAAGAUUCCAGAGAUCCUGAGAAUUGGCACAUCGGGGAUUAUUCUAGAGAUGCAGUUUCACAGCCACAGAUGGCACCAGAGGAGGUGCCAGAUCCACGGGCCAGCAGCCAAAGACGGUCACUCCCCGGAUCCUCCAGGGAACACACGGCACAGUGGGAAGUGAGGAACCAGACCUGUCUUCCAAACAGAGAGCCUGACCAGGCACUGCCUUCUGCUAGCCAGAAACAUCUGAACAAGAAGCGUCCAGCACCUGCAGCCACUACAAAACUGAAGGAAAAGAGGCUCAGAACUCUAGCCCCAAGUCCCCUACAAGGACUGCCCAGUCAGGACCUACGAGAGGGAGAAGAUUGGGAGCAAGAAAAUAAACAUGAAGACGUGGGCCCCAGACUGGAGCACAGUCCCUCAGUUCAAGCAGACUCUGAAUCCCCAAGCCCUGAGGAGGUACCAGAUUACGUCCUGCAAUAUGGGGCUAUCCACACUGCAGAGCAGCAACAUGCUUAUGAGCAGGACUUUGAGAGAGAUUAUGCUGAAUACCGCAUCCUGCAUGCUCGAUUUGGGGCUGCAAGCCAAAGGUUCCUAGAGCUGGGAGCAGAAAUCAAGAGAGUUCAGCGAGGAACUCCAGAACACAAGGUGCUGGAAGAAAAGAUAGUCCAGGAAUAUAAAAAGUUCAGGAAGCGGUACCCAGGUUACAGGGAAGAAAAGUGUCGCUGUGAGUACCUGCAUCAGAAAUUGUCCCACAUUAAAGGUCUCAUCCUGGAGUUUGAGGAAAAGAACAGGGGCAGCUGAACUAACUGGUCAAGGGCUAUCGACCCUCUCUGUCCGGUGUGAUGCAAAGGAACAAAACAGCUGUAAAUGAAGUAGAGUGCAACUGUCCGCUCUUGUUAUUGCUGAAUCCAUGGUGGCAAGUAGGAGAGCUGCUCUAGGUUAAGGUUUGCUUUUCAUUGUUGCCAUAUAUUAAUUUUUAGGGUGUGGGCGCAGUGCCAACACUCUAUAGCUGUGCCCAGGAGACUAAGAAAAGCAGCCACGGCUUGGCUUCUCCACCUUUAGUUCAGCAAGUCAUUUUCAAAUCUUAAGAAAGAAAUGACACCCUUCCCAGGACAAGAUACCUCAAGGACAUUAGAAUUCAGCCUGGUAGCCGCCCUAACAAAACAGUAACUUUUAGGAAGUUGUGAUACACCCGGAUGUAAUGGGAAUGGCUUGGGGUCUUAUCAAUGUACCGAAAGUGAAUUCUUUUACAAACAUGGCUAAAAAUUAAAACUGUCUCUGUGUC